UCCUUGACAAUAACACGCUUGUCUCUCCUGUCACCGCUUCCAGUGGACUUGUCCUCUGUGUCGCUGGCCGUGAAAAUGCAGAGCUCCAAGAGGACACUGCGAUCUCAUGAGAUUCCCGUGCCACAGUCUGUGCUGACGGCGAACGCCAGCGGCGCCGUGCUCAAUAGUCCGCCACUGCUGGAGACGGAAUUGGACUUGAACUUCAGUCUGCAGUAUCCGCACUUUAUCAAGCGCGACGGGAAUCGCUUGCUGAUUCUGCUGCAGCGUCGCAAGAAGUACAAGACGCGCACGAUUUUGGGGUACAAGACGCUGGCUGAGGGCAUGAUUAGGAUGGACGCCGUGCUGCAGAAGUCCAUGGACAUGACGGUGGAACUGAGUGCCACGGGAAAGGGCAGUCGACCCGGUGUGACAUUGGCCACACUUCGAGCGGAGCGAGUAUCUUCCAUUCCUGUUGAUCAUGACAAUAAGAAUAAUAAUAGUGUACUGCUGACGGAUCGUGUGAAUGAAUACUCAGAUGAGGAUGAGGAGGGUGAAUUCAGCUCGGGCGAGGAGAAUGACGAUCCCGGCGACGGUGUGCUGAGUGGAUACGACGCCAAGCGGGGAUAUGCCAAGAGGGGGAGCAAUUAUAGGAAAUUGGAAAGGUCGGAGAAUGAUGCUGAGACCGAGGAUGCACCGAUAGGUCAAAAUCCCGGUGAUAGUGACAGUGAAUUUGAGAAUCUUGGCAAGGAUAAAGGAAAUCGUGCCAAAAUGAGUCGUAAAUUAUUUUUAAAUGAAAAACUCCAAAAAUAUGCCCGGAUGGACUUUUUUCGGCCGUCUGCCGGGAAAGCAUCGCACUAUGAGCAGACAGGCAGCUUUCCGGACACCACAGAGAAGAUUUUAAUGCAGCGCAACUUUAAGCAGAAAAUUGUGGCUCUGCUGAAGCGCUUCAAAGUUCCCGAGGAGCUUGAUGGUGGCGUGUCACGACAUUCUGGCCGUGGUGAGCGUGUGCUGGAUGCACUUUAUCAGGAAUUGGAGUCACUGUCGUGUGGUGAGGGUGAUGAAUCAGGACCAGAUAUGGAUACUGUGUCCGUGGGAUCAACGCCGAAGCCAUCGUUGCGACCUUUCUUCACGAAUUCAAGAACAAUGCUUCAUGAAAAUUUGAUGGGCGACUUUAAUAGUGACAUGAAGAUGCGACUGGAGAAGAGGGACUCCUUCAAUGCCCCGUCACUACCACUCGAUAAGAAAAAUUCCAUUCCAGGAGCAGCCGAGAGGAGCGGAGAUUGGCGAAAUGACAGCUCGGGGAAUGAGGGUGGCGCAGGCAAUACGGAUCCCGAGGCGCCCAAUUCUGAUCCGCAGAACACUGGCUCGCCGCCGCGGAGUGGCGACAAGGAGAGCGCCACGGACAGACGGAGUCGACUCUUCCGCGCGGCCAGUGGUCAGCCGUCGAGUUCGAAGAAGAAGCACUCGCUGAGUCUGGGAUCGGAGCAGAGUCAGCCCAAAUCAGCCCUGGACGCGUGUCUGUCGCCGACGAAUGUGGAGCCGCGGAAGUCGCUGCUGGAUCAAGUGGCGCGCACUUUUGCCACCGAUGAGGCCAUCCUGCCGGAUGUGGUGUCUCUCGUGGGGCCACCAGAGCUCCACCACGUGGCUCUGUCGUCGCGGCUGGCGCCAGUGUUGGCGGCCUCCUUCAGGCCCACCUUUGCGCCGCACAACACGGCCGAGGUGCGAGCGGUGAUGCAGGCGCUGAUGAACAAGAUCCAGAAGUACUGCAACUCCACGGCCAAGCCGCCCACCACCAUCAAGGUGCUCCUCCUGGGCGGCGACUGGCUGCAGGGCGCCGUGCUGCGUCACUAUGUGGAGCUGCUGGGCGUGCGGCCGCCCGACUGGGUGAAUCACAUCCGCUUCUACAUUGUUCCUAUUGGAAGCAGUGCCAUAUCGCGGUAUCUCAGCGCCGUGGACGCCACGUAUGGCGCCAUGUUCGGCAGCGACGGCUGGCAGCAGCUCUGCGAGCGCGCCAUCGGUCCGGAUCCCGCACAGUCGAAGAUUGAUGUGAUCGAGGUGACCAACAGGGUGCAGAGAUAUCUGCACAGCGCCGGGCCGUGCACGCAAAUCCCCAUCGCCGAGGCCAUGGUCAACUACAAGGAGGAGGACUCGUGCCAGAUCUUCGUUCCAUUCGUCAGUGAUGUGAAAUUGGGUUGCCCUGAAGGGCCGCAGGUGUCUCUGGACAUGGACGAGAGUCUCGGCCUGAGUGGACAGCAGAUCUCGAGUGCUCUGUCAAGUUCACCACCGCAGAGUGGCCGCAUGUCGCCGCCGGUGCCAACAACGCCGGCCACACCAUCGCAGCAGCAAGAGAAGCAGGAGAAGUUGGAGAAGCUGGAGAAAUUGGAGAAGAUGCAGCAGAUGCAAGCGCAACAGCCUGAGUCGUAUGAGUUGCAGAUUGACUAUUGGCCAGUCGCCGCGCGAUAUACAGACAAUAAGGAGAAGAAGGAGGACAAGAAGGGAACUGAUCAGGGCAAAAACAGUAUUAAGAGCACUUUUAGGAAUUUGCAGGUUUGGCGACUCCCUCCGAAUCCUCAGGCCGGUGAACUUCCAUAUGGGCUGACGCUGAGCUAUUCCACGAAGGAGAAGAAGCAGAAAAUAAUGCGCUUGGGGAAGAAGAAGGAGAAGGAUCGUGAUAUGGAGAAGGAGCAGAGUGUUGAUGGCAUCGCGCGGCUCAUCUGCUCGCCAAAACCAUCGCAUCCAGUGCCGCUGCGUGUGUACAUUGAUGGCACUGAGUGGACAGGUGUGAAGUUCUUCCAGCUCUCCUCGCUGUGGCAGACGCACGUGAAGAACUUCCCCGUGGGAUUGAUUGGUGCUCCGCUGGCUCCGGCCGAAACCUAGUCAUCUUGCGCGCUUUUCCUCCUCAACGCGCUUAAGCAAUUCAGCGGCUUUGGCAAGUCAAAACUACGUUGAUGAGACAUGAGGAGCCUUUUAAAUUUUUUUGUAAUAUACGAUAUAUUUUAAAAUAAUUGUGAUUUUAGUAGGAAUUCAGAGAGUUGCAAAUUGUUCAUGUGUGAGAGAGAGAGAGAGAGAGAAAGUCAUGAUUUUCAUGCGAUGCUGGAGCAUAAAUUGUAUCUAUCAGUGAAGUUGACAUAUCUGAAAUCAUUCUUUCAAUGUAUAAUUAGUUUGUGAAUCAAGGAGAAGACGCUGGAGAGUUUGAAGGAGAAAAACCAACUUCUCGGCUGUGGUUUCUUAAUGGAUGGAGAGAUUUUUCGGCAGAAAUUGAGCAAAUGCGCUCAGGAAUUGGAAGAAAAAAAAUAUGGGAAUCAAUGAGUGGUAAAAA